AUGGCUACAAAAUCAAGUGUCCUACCAAUUGUGAGCAAAGUCUACUGUGCACCGUCGGAUGUGAUCCUCGCCGUGAGGCGGCGGCCGAACGUGGCCAACGGGGGCGGCUUCGUGGUGGCGGACGCGGCCCAACGGGUCUUGUUUCGCGUCGACGGCUGCGGAGUUAUUGGCAAAAAGGAUGAACUCAUUCUCAAAGAUGGAGAUGGAAAUGCUUUGCUACUCAUCCGGCGUAAGGGAGGGACAAUUGAGGCACUAAGCCUAACUAGGAAAUGGAAAGGGUUCGUCUACGACUUCGUCGGGUCCGAAAAACUCGUCUUCACUUUAAAGGAACCAAACUCGUGUUUCUUGACCCAAAAUGUGUUCCGGAUAUCUGUCGAAUCCAAGGAGCUUUGCAGCCACGGCAGCUUUGAAGUCCAUGGCGACUUUCCCGCCCGGGCUUGCACCAUUGUUAGCCCCAUGGGAGAUGUCGUAGCACUGAUUGGUGUAAAUAAGGAGAUGCAACGAUUGAUGAGGACAAGAGAUAUGUAUCAUGUGGAAAUAAAGGCUGGUUUCGAUCAAGCUUUUGUUUUUGGAGUGAUUGCUGUUCUUGACUACAUAUAUGAUGGAUCUACAAGAUGUUGACCAUUUUAUUACAAUUUUAUUUAAAUAAUUCUUGUUAAUCAAUCUGUUUUUAUUUCUCCUUUUGGAAUAUUAGUCAAUCAACGUUUCGAAAGGGAAAAAAAUUGUUUGAGAUUCGUUUGUGUUUAUGUUUCGUUAUUUUAUUUCAUCAGUACACAUGUCGAACAUAUCGAUAUUGGUGAAUGAUUGGAUAUGCA